AUGAGGUUCCGAAGCUGGUCUGGGUGAUCCAGAGAGGCGUUUUCCUUCUCUGCACUCUUAUCUCUAUGAUGUUCGGAUAUUCCAAGGUCAUUCUAGCAAUGAUUGAAUCCAGAAAACGAAAAAAGGAACAACGAGUGGUAUCCCUGGUACCAAUGAACAAAAGCGUCGAAACCCAAGAUCAAAAGAAGAUGCGGAACAGUUACGAAAACAAUACCACCGAGAACUCUAAGAACAACCACACAAUUAACACCACCAGCAGUGCAAACAAUAACAUCACCGCUGAAGUUGAGAACCAACGGGAACCUUCAGAUACGAGCGGUGCAAUAAUAACUGCUCGUAAUGUGCUUGACGAUUGUGCAGAUGAAGACAAUGAGCGUGCACUAAUGCUAGGAGCGGGAACAGCAGCGGAAAUGCCAAAAAUGGGCGAGGAACUCUCAGUUGUCCCUGUUUUGGUCCCAUCAAAUAACUUGGAACAAAAUCAUUCGGCGGAAACAAUAAACGCAGAAACUGGAGACUGGUGUGAAAAUCAAAAUACCAUAUUUGGUCAAUCAGUGAUUGAAGAAAAUGAACAAUGUAUGAACGAAGACUUUCUCAAUGUCGUGGCCAAUCACGAAAUUGUUUAUCUUUCCAGAAAUGACGUCACUGGAAUCGAGCGUGAAGGCAGCCAAUCGCAAACUCCUGCUGAGAACAAGAAAAAAUGCAAGGGAAUAGGAGGCUGUUUUUCAAUGAUUCAGUCUCUUUUAACCAGGUUCAGCGGAGUGGAAUACGAGAAAAAACUGUCAAUUCUGUUCAUCUGUGUCGGCUGUGCAUUCGCUAUUUUGACACUUCCUGAUCUUUUGCUCCAUUUGAUUGACACAAUUCACGAAGAGACAAACGAGUGGGUGGAGCAACAGAAACAACUCAAGGUCGUUGUGCAAACAGUGUUUUGUGUGAACUUUUCAAUCAAUCCUCUCAUUUAUAUGUUUAUGAACAGUUAUUUCAGAUCGAAGAUCAAACUUAUGUUCACGUGUCAGCGAGAAGUUAUCUAAAAAUAAAUUAUGUUCAGGGUCUCUUUAACCAAUCCCCUAAUCAUUUAAAACGUUACCGCUGAAAAAUAUUGUGCCUUUUAGCGAAUGCUCCCCCUCCCUCCUUGGAGAGGGCAGAUAUAGUUGAAGAGAUCCGAUUUUCUCUAUAAUAACUAAAUCUAAAUAACCUAAUAUCCCAAAUUACGCCAAACACAAUAUUAUACAGGCUAUGACAUUCUUAAUGAGUUAUUUGUCUCGAAAUAAGCCAAAACGAUUGUGAUCUGAAGAUUUGGAAUAAUCAUCAGUGGGCCACCGUAAUUUUAGCUCAUUUCCCAG